AUGAGGAUACUCCCACUAUUAGUACUUCUAUUCUGUUUGGCGUGGGAGGCGACGGCGCGACCACAAGAUGAUUCGGAACCCAGGGCGAUUCCAGCCAGGGGUCUCCUGAAGAGGAACUUAGUUGGCAAAGGAAAACCGACCACAACUACAACAACAGCUGCCCCUCAAGAAGAAGGCGAUUAUGAAGAGGAAGGCGACUAUCCUGCUGAGGGUGAAGCACAAGAGCCCUCAACAGAAGCAGCACCAUCCUCGACUGAAGGCAAGAAACUGGUCGCGGGUGGAGUCCGGCCUUUCCGCAGUAACACUGACCUUCUAGAAGCUUUGAAAAGGCGGAGAGCGCAGGCUGCUGAAGCCAAGUUAGGUCAUCCACAGCCAGCAUCCGCAGCAUCCCAGCCCCAGGAUGUCCAAACUGAGGCACCAGUUAAAGCUAACUUUAGUAAAAAACGCUUCAAUACAGCAACUCGCGAAACAAAGGCUGAGGAUUCGCCAGCACCAUCCAAGGCCAACAGAGGAAGGUUUGGAAGACCGUCUUCAAGGACGGUCCAAGAGAGCGAGCCAGUAGAGGAGCAGAACGACACCGCGCCGGCAGUGAGGACCGGUAGGCAAUUCCGACGUGGUGGGAACUAG